AUGGCCAAGAUCAUGGGUGCGAGGUGCGGUGGUCGAGCAGCAUUCGGCCUCCAGUCCAGCUAUUGCAAAUGGGCAAAGUACGACUACAUUGACAUCGUGCAGUGGACCACGGGCGACGCCCAGCGGCGUGCUUCGAUGAGGCCCAUCUAUCAGGAGCUCGAGAAGAAGAUGCAGGGCGAGCGGCUUCCGUACCCCAUGAUGUUCAGCUCCGUUGUGGACGACACCAAGAAGACGCCCACAUGA